UGAGAAGCUUCAAAAGGCCCGCGAAGUCGCAGCUGAAAAGCAAACGGAUAAGAGAGAGAGAGUGAGAGAGAGAGUUGAGUUGCAAUGGCGACUCUGCAACUCACGGAUUCAAACCCGAUUCGCUUCAAACCCUCUUUAAAUAAUUCUUCCCUCUACACGAAUCGCCAUUUCCGCACCUCUCAAGCUCGCUUCAUUCCCAAAGCUUCUUCUGCUUCUCCUCCUUCUUCUUCCUCGAGUCGACGGCAAUUUCUCGCCGAAACCGUGGCGAUCUCUGCAGCUACUCUCGUUCCUCUCCUCGGUUUCGAGCAACCGGCAAGAUCAGAUGACGGCCUUUCCGAAUGGGAGAGGGUUUUCCUUCCGAUUGAUCCCGGCGUCGUCCUUCUUGACAUCGCGUUUGUGCCCGACGACACGAAUCACGGUUUUCUUCUAGGGACACGACAAACCAUCUUGGAGACAAAAGAUGGUGGAAACACCUGGUUUCCACGUUCAAUACCUUCUGCAGAAGACGAAGACUUCAACUACAGAUUCAAUUCCAUCAGCUUCAAGGGGAAGGAAGGAUGGAUAGUUGGAAAGCCCGCGAUUUUGUUGCACACAUCGGAUGCGGGAGAAAGCUGGGAAAGGAUACCAUUAAGUAAUCAACUUCCGGGUGAUAUGGUUUAUAUAAAAGCAACUGGGGAGAAGAGUGCAGAGAUGGUCACAGAUGAAGGAGCAAUUUAUAUUACAUCAAAUAGAGGAUACAACUGGAGGGCCGCUGUACAAGAGACAGUUUCAGCUACUCUUAACAGAACAGUUUCUAGUGGCAUUAGCGGCGCUAGCUACUAUACAGGAACUUUUAAUACAGUAAACCGCUCCCCUGAUGGCAGCUAUGUUGCUGUAUCCAGCCGUGGGAACUUCUACUUGACCUGGGAGCCUGGGCAGCCAUACUGGCAACCACACAAUAGAGCAGUUGCACGGAGAAUUCAGAAUAUGGGAUGGAGGGCUGAUGGUGGUCUUUGGCUUCUAGUGCGUGGUGGUGGACUUUACCUUAGCAAAGGCACAGGGAUCACCGAGGAUUUCGAAGAAGUUCCAGUUCAGAGUCGGGGUUUUGGUAUUCUUGAUGUUGGAUACCGUUCAAAGGAGGAAGCAUGGGCAGCUGGGGGAAGUGGAAUUCUGUUGAGAACAACAAAUGGUGGAAAGACAUGGAUCCGGGAUAAAGCUGCAGAUAAUAUUGCUGCGAAUCUCUAUUCCGUAAAGUUUAUCAAUGAUAACAAAGGUUUUGUACUUGGCAAUGAUGGCGUCUUGCUUCGGUACCUGGGAUAAUGUAACAAAUUUGCAUAAACCUAGAUCCAAGCCUUUUUGGUACCAGAAAUAGGUAGCCAUGUUCUAUUUGUAUUCAAUAUUGUUUUAACAAAUACAUAGAAACAAAUAAUUCUUUGCUUCAAUGUGGAUUGCUGUGAUUACAGAGAGGAAUUUUGCAUUUUUCAGAUCUCCAACAAA